AUGCCGACGGUGCUAGCGCCUCCGCCACCGUCCCUCCCCGUGCGCGCCUCCUUGCCCCGGCGCGCGCAGAGCAAGAAGCAGCAGCAGCAGAAGCAGCAGAAGCAAGCAUGGGGGGACUUCAGCCACUUCGCUCAGGUGGUUGGCAAGGACGUGGAAUUCAUCAAGAGAGGAAUCGACAACGGCGUUGCCUGGGUCAACCAUACCUUCCGCAUUCCCCAGGUCGCGAAGAAAAUCGACGACGUCGUUUGGCUCCGCCAUCUCGAAGACCCUCACUGUCCUCCCUUUCCCUCUCCUUCUUGGCCUCAACCUUGGUACCCAGGACUAACUGGAGUGGAUUUGCUCAUGUCUGAUCUCAAGGCUUUGGAAGCAUAUGCUUCUUACUUCUUUUAUAUGUCUAAGGUUUGGUCCAAGCCACUUCCAGAAGCUUAUGAUCCUCAGGAUGUUGCUCAGUAUUUCAGUGUUAGGCCACAUGUGGUGACCUUUCGUGUUCUUGAGGUACUUUUCUCCUUUGCCGCUGCUAUGGUCAGUAUUCGAACUUCAGGGUUUAAAAAGUUUCUACGGCUUGUUCCUGAAGAGGAUGUGGAUGAUACAUCAUCUCAGUACAAUUUUGGGAUGGUGUUGAAGGAAACAUUACUUAAUCUUGGCCCAACCUUUAUAAAAGUUGGUCAGUCCCUUUCCACAAGGCCAGAUAUCAUUGGUGUUGAGAUGUCCAAGGCAUUGUCAGAAUUGCAUGAUCAAAUCCCUCCUUUUCCGAGGAAUGUUGCUAUGAAGAUUAUGGAGGAAGAAUUUGGUUGUCCUCUGGAAACAUUCUUUAGUUACAUUUCCGAGGAGCCUAUAGCUGCUGCAUCAUUUGGUCAGGUUUACUUUGCCCGUACUACCGAUGGCAAUAAUGUUGCUGUAAAAGUUCAGCGUCCUCAUUUGCAUCAUGUGGUGGUGCGGGAUAUCUACAUCCUUCGCCUUGGGUUGGGGCUGCUGCAAAAGAUUGCCAAGAGAAAGAGUGACCCUCGCCUCUAUGCUGAUGAACUAGGGAAAGGUUUUGUUGGUGAAUUGGAUUACAAAUUAGAGGCUGCAAAUGCUUCAAAAUUUCAGGAAGUUCACUCUUCCUUUACUUUCAUGCAUGUGCCAAAAGUAUAUCAACAUUUAACUCGAAAAAGAGUUCUGACCAUGGAGUGGAUGGUUGGUGAAAGUCCAACAGUUUUGCUCUCUCUGACUGCUGGAUCUGUUGGAAAUGUCUCUGAAUAUUCAGAAAAACAGAAAUUAGAUGCAAAAAGGCGUCUUCUUGAUCUGCUCAACAAAGGUGUUGAGGCAACACUGGUGCAACUUCUUGAAACAGGCUUAUUACAUGCCGAUCCACAUCCCGGUAACUUGCGUUAUACUUCAUCAGGACAAAUAGGGUUUCUGGAUUUCGGUUUGCUCUGUCAAAUGGAAAAGAGGCAUCAGUUUGCUAUGCUGGCUUCAAUAAUUCAUAUAGUAAAUGGUGACUGGGCAUCCCUUGUCCGAGCUCUGAUUGAUAUGGAUGUUGUAAGGCCUGGGACAAAUAUCCGACUUGUUACCCUGGAACUGGAGCAAGCCUUGGGAGAAGUAGAGUUUAAAGAAGGAAUUCCUGAUGUGAAGUUCAGCAGGGUUCUGGGAAAGAUUUGGACUGUAGCACUCAAAUAUCAUUUCCGUAUGCCUCCAUAUUAUACACUUGUCUUGCGGUCACUGGCUUCCUUUGAAGGUUUGGCUAUAGCUGCAGAUGCAAAUUUCAAGACUUUUGAAGCUGCAUAUCCUUAUGUUGUUCGAAAACUUCUCACAGAGAACUCUUCUGCAACAAGGAAUAUACUGCACUCGGUGCUUCUAAACCGAAGGAAGGAGUUCCAGUGGCAAAGGCUUUCCCUGUUCUUGAGGGUUGGGGCAACUAGGAAAGCCUUGCGACUAGUAGCAUCAAAUAGUGAGACUUCCGUUGAUCACUUAUCAAAUAAGGUCACUGAUACAAUUGACGUUGCGUAUUUGGUUUUGAGGAUUUUACCAUCCAAAGAUGGAGUUGCUAUCAGAAGACUUCUGAUGACUGCUGAUGGAGCUUCACUAAUCAAAACAGUGGUCUCAAAGGAGGGAAAGUCUUUUCGCCAACAACUCUGCAAGAUCAUAGUUGACAUAGUUUACCAAUGGAUGAUUAAAUUAUUUGGGCAAGGAAUUACAGUUACUCAGUAUUCCCGGGUAAUAUUGGCUAAUGGACCUAGCAACAAAGAAUCAGGUCUAUUCCCUAGAUCAUCUUUGCCUACAGAUGAUUACAAUAUCAUCUUUAGAGACAGGCGACUUCGGGUGAUAUUCUCUAAGCUUCUAAAAUCUGCAAGUAGGGAUAAAAUAUUGAUGCUGCGUUUUUUCUGGGCUUCCCUUCUUAUAAUGGUAACAGCUUCAACUUUGGCUUGCCACCGGCUUGUGGUGUCUCUGUCUGAAGCUUAUUUGGGCAAAAUAUUUGAUGCUCCUAAAAGAUACGCAGUCAAUUCAAAUCCAGUAUUUGACCUCCAUGAGAACGCCUCCGCUGUCGCAGUCGCGGGGUUCACGCGCCUCAUUGCUCUUCACAUUGUCCUUCACCUCUUCCCUUCCGCCAUCACCUACCUCGCCCUCAUUCCAGCAAGAUUUCCCUCUUUCGCAUUGCACUGCACUUGGACUCUCCAUUCUUCUGUUAGGAGAUCAAUGGAUUCCCAGUUAAAUCUUGAUCAAGAGUUUCCUUUCAUCAAGAUAAAAGUGAAGGCAACAUCAUAUCUUCCCACUGUUUGUAUUUGGUACAUAUAUGAGCUGGAUUUACCACAGAUUCUGGCAGAGAAAACCAGAAACGAAACUGAAAGACCGGUUAUAGACCCUAUUGCAUCAAUAUUUCAUCGAAUUUGCUGUUGUGGAAGAUCAGAUGCUUCUAAUGAUGCUCGAGGUUACACUCUCGGUGACGAACCUUUGCCAGGUUGUGACCCCAUUGAGGCAUUUAGGAGACGGCAAUUUCAUAUCACUUUGCUCUUUUCUUCCAGAGGAAGAGGUGCACUGGAAGAGAGACUGGCUGCAGAGAGGUUGGCUGGUGCACGAAGUGCAGGGGAGGUACUAACAGAUGCUACAGAAAAUGUGUAA